AUGCUACGCACACUGCAACGCGUCAUGACGUCUACAGAGAAAAGAGUUCCCAUACCCAAGAAUGGAGUCGACUACCGCGGGAAGAUAGUCUUGGCACCUAUGGUACGCAGCGGCGAAUGCCCUUCAAGAUUGGUGGCGCUCAAGUAUGGUGCAGAUCUGGUAUGGGGCCCAGAAACAAUCGACAAAGCCCUGAUUGGCACGACAAGACAAGUGAAUUCUGCCACCGGGACAGUCGACUUCACCAGGAUAUCAUCGAACGGAGCGAAGAACCCGGCCCUUACCCCGGAGCAGCGAGAAAGCAUCAUCUAUCGACUUCAUCCAGAACGGGAGGGAAAGCAGCUCAUAUAUCAAAUUGGUACCGCGAAUCCCAAUACUGCUGUUGAGGCAGCGAAGUUGAUCGCACCGGAUGUUGCUGGUAUAGACGUCAAUGCGGGAUGUCCCAAGCCAUUCAGCACCAGCGGUGGCAUGGGUGCGGCACUCCUCAAGACCCCAGAGAAGCUGUGUUCAAUCCUGGAAGCCUUGGUCGAGCAUGUAGGUAGACCAUUCGAGAUCGGCAUCAGCGUGAAGAUUCGCAUACUCGACGCGGCGGAAGAGACUGAAGCGCUGGUGCGUAAGCUGUGCGCCACUGGAAUCACUGGACUCACUGUACACUGUCGGACGACACCUAUGCGGCCGCGUGAAAGAGCCAUACGGGAUCAGCUGAAGAUGGUCGUGGAUGUCUGCCACGAAGCAGGUGUAGCUUGCCUUAUGAAUGGAGACGUAUAUGGGCGUGAUGAGGCUGUUGAGCUGAUCAAGGAGUUUGGUGCCGAUGGUGCAAUGAUCGCCACAGCAGCAGAGACAAACCCGUCUGUAUUUCGGGGGAGCUCAGACGGUGGAAAGGUCAGUUGGGAACAAGUCGUCAAGGAAUACGUCAAGACUUCUCUAGAAGUUGAGAACCGAUGGGGAAAUACAAAGUAUCUGCUUGGUCAGAUGAUCCCGGGCAAGCAGUUUGCUUACAAGAAAAUGAUGGCAACAAAGAGCUACACCGAUAUCAUCAAUGCUCUCGGUUAUACCGACCCUGAUAUGGUCGAGCUGGCCAAGGACGUCGAUCGCAGACUUGAGAUUGGGGCGUUUGAAAAGCCAAAGAUGAGCAAAGCAGAACGCAAAGCUCUCAACAAAGCGGCUGCAAAGGCAAACGCCGAAGACGGUGGCAACAGCAAGAAGGAGAACAAGCCCGCUAGUGUGACCGAGAGAAGCCAUCAUUCCGCACUCGCCGCUGGCAUCAAGCGGACUGCCGAGCAAGCCAAUUUGGAUAUGCCACCAGACAUUGCUCGAGAGCGCGGACCAGGAUCUGUCUCGGAGAAUGCAUCGACCUUGGCAGUAUAG